AUGGUGGAGGGUGCACAUACGCACCGUGACGCCGACGACCGGGGCAUGCGUGGGAGAUUCCACGGUGGACGUGGAAGACAUGGCAGAGGCGGGGCGCCUUGCCGACGUUCGCCACAACCGCUGGCCGGCGAGGAUGAGGGCGAGGAGACCAUUUUAGACGUCAAUCUCUGCAGCGACCGACAGACGCGCAGUGAAGCUGAGGACUUCGACGAGGACGACCUUCGCGACUUGCGGCGUUUGGCCCCAGGUUACAUGGAUUUUGGGGAUUUUGAUGACGAGGGGACGAUCGCAUAUGAGGAUCUACCUCGUUUUGAUGACGAGGGGAUGACCGAAUAUACGGGUCUGCCGAUGUUUUAUGAAGAGGGUCCAACUCUGUUUGAUGCACAGGGGUCGACCGAGUCUGUGGAUCUGCCUCGGUUUGAUGAGCAGGUGUCGACCGAGAAUGAGGGUCCGUCUGUUUUUGAGAAGGUAGAAGCUGAAGCGGGAGAUGUGGAAGCUGAAACUGGGAAGUAUCAUUCUCUCAGGCCAGAUCUUAUUCAAAAGACAAAAGGAGUUGGUGUUGAUGUGAUUUACACUUAUGUUUUCUGGAAUGGGCAUGUGCCUGAAGCUGGGAAGUAUUAUUUUUAG